AUAGCGUUAUCAGAUUGGAAAAGUCGCCAAGAUCGCCAUUUCGUGCUUUCGUCAAAUUGCUAUCUGCUCUAGCUACUACAGACAUUGAAACCGAGUCUCACAGUGUCUAUGACCCUCCUGUUGCGGCGAUCAAAUCGUCUCUAUUCCACAAUGGCUGCGUCUCUGAACCCCGCCUCGUCGCCGUUCACUCAGGCUGUGGUGAGCUCUAUGAGGACGCUCUACCCUGAGUCACUGGCCGAGAAGAGCUGGGAUAACACCGGCCUCCUCCUGGAAGCUCCCUUCAACGCAUCGCGCCGCCAGAAGAAUUCGGUACUUCUCGCAAUUGACCUCACGAAAGCCGUCGCAGACGAGGCGAUUGCGCGCCGAGACUCCAUCGUCGUAGCCUACCACCCCAUCAUCUUCCGCGGCCUCAAGUCCCUCACAUUCAACGACCCGCAACAGCAGACCCUCCUCCGGCUCGCGCAAGAAGGCAUCAGCGUAUACUCGCCGCACACGGCGAUCGACGCCACGCCCGGCGGGAUGGCCGACUGGCUCUGCGACAUCGUGACGGGCGCCAUUACCCCACUGACCACAACCAAACCCAGCACAGGCAUCGAGCAAUCCUCCUCCGCAAGCUACUCGCAACCCACGUACCCGGCACCGCAACCCUCCAAACCCAGCACCACCGACAGCGUCCCCAACCACACCCGCCAAACCAUCAUCCCGUCCCCGCCGCCGCUCCCCGAUGGAAUGGACACCGCCGGCAUGGGCCGCCUCGUGACCUUCGCCGACGCCCAGCCGCUUACAGCGAUUAUCGACCGCAUCGCCCAGGGCGUCGGCUUCCCCGGUGGAAUCCCCAUCGCCAUCCCGCAGGGUGCCUCCGUGGACAGUCUCCACAUCCGCACGGUGGGCGUGUGCCCCGGCUCCGGGUCUGGCGUGCUGAUGAAGGGCGCCAAGCUCCCUGACCUGCUAUUUACCGGUGAGCUGAGUCACCACGAGGCGCUGGCGGCUAUCGAGCGCGGCUCCGUGGUCGUUGCGCUUGCGCACUCGAACACCGAGCGCGGGUAUCUGCGGGCUGUGAUGCGCGAGAAGUUGGCGAAGGAGGUCGAGGCGGUGUGGGCGGACCAGCGUCGUAGUUGUGCUGCUGCUGAUGAAGUCGAAGGGUGGAAAGAGGUGCUGGGUGAUGCCUCGUGUGAGGUGGCGGUUAGCGAGAAGGAUCGCGAUCCGUAUGGGAUUAUGGUGAGACGGGUUUAGACCUUCGUCUUUAUACUACUAGGAGGCGACCUGUGUGGAUAUACCCAUACUUAAAAG